AUGUCUUCCAAACAGAGAUCCAUUAAAGAUCAUUUCAAGACAGUGAAGCCAAAUGAACUGGCAGAAAGAGAGCCCAAUGUUUUUCCUCUGUUUCGGUCCAAGGUGAUUGAGAAAAAGACGACCAAGAAGUCCAAGUCAUGCAGACCGAAAGCAACCAAGAUACUAUCACCACAAACUGUAGAAUCAGCAUCAGCAGCUAAAGCUAAGCCAGCAGCAGCAGCAGCAGCAGCAGCAGCAGCAGCAGCCAAGAAGGCCAAAACUAAACCAGCUACCGCACCAGUAGAUCUCACUAGCGUCGAGGCAGCUACAGAGAGCAUUCGAAUGGGCGUCAGAUCCAAACAGCCUGCACCAUCACUGAUCGACCUGAUAGCACAAGAUACCCAUCAAUUUUAUUUAAAUCCGAGAAAGAAGCGAGAGCAAGCAGUGAAUCAAUCACAGUCGCAGCAGCAGCAGCAGCAACAGCUUAAUCAGCCCAUUGCAUGCCCUGGACGCCUUGAUAUGAAAGAGAUUGAGCACCAAAUGGAUGCAUACCACACUGCCAGCUGGAAGCAGGAUCGAUGCUGCAAAGUGCUCUACGAUCAAAUACCGCACAUCAGACAGAACAGCAACAAAAAGACCAUGUGGCGAGACAAGUAUCGACCCACUACAGUAGAGGGAUUGCUUGGAUACGCUCCAGACUACGCAUAUUUGAGAGAUUGGCUAAAUCAAAUCAAGAUCAAGAGUCCCACUGUGCCAGAGACAUCCGCAGUAGCAACAGCAGCAAAGAGCAAAAAGAAGGCAAAACAGGCAGUGCAAGACAAGGAAGUGAUCUAUAAUCUCAUGUUGUUUGUGGGUGACCAUGGCUCAGGCAAGACAGCUUCCGUGUACACAGCAGCCAAAGAAACUGGAUAUUCUAUUUUCGAGAUCAACUCAAGUUCACGGCGCACAGGAAAAGAUGUUACAGACAAUGUGGGAGAAAUGACAGCAAGCCAUCUAGUGCGAUUCAACAGCAAUACCUCCAAGCGGAAGGCGCAAGGAGAAACCAUCAUUUUAAGGGAUACUGUAAAGACGAAAAAACCAAAGACUAUUGAUAUAGCCGAACACUUUAAAAAGAUGCUCAAUAUGCAAAAUGGCACCAAUGAGAGUAAUCCAACAGUCGAACCAGCCAAGCCAGAAGCACCUUCUCAAUCUGAUCCACCCCCUCCACCACAAAACACAUUAGAGGCAUUCUUUAAAAAAGCGAAAACCAAGCAAGAUCUGGUACUGGAGCAACUAGCAAAUCAGCCCAAACAGAGCUUAUUGCUGUUUGAAGAAGUAGACAUCUUAUUUGAAGAGGACAAGGGAUUCUGGACAGCCAUCAUUGAUCUAUGCCAAAAGAGCAAGCGUCCCAUCAUCAUGACCUGCAACGACGAGAGCAAAAUACCCGUUGAUCUUUUCAACAUUCAAUGCACAGCCUACUUUGAAAAGGCAACCACAGAGCAAGAUCAAGCUAGUUUUGUACAAUAUAUGCAGUUGAUUUGUUAUGCAGAGAACUACUCUAUCCCUAAGCGCGAGAUAACCUACCUCUGUGAAUUACUGGAAUAUGACACAAGACAAGUGAUUGACAUGUUACAGUUUUGGCUAAAUGAAACACCCACAACGGGACACUUUGUUUACCAACACUUGUUUGCUCAUGUUAUGGGAUUGGCCAAACGCUUGGUGGAAAAGGAUCGCAUGCAAUGGAUGGAUCACUUGAAGGGAUGUCAAAGCAGAGUGAUUGAAAUAUGUACAAGAUACUACGAUGAGUGCGCUGCUGCUGAUGAUGAUGAGUAUGAGGAACAGCAGCAAGAGGUCAUGCGAAUAGAGGAUAUAUAUCAAGCCAUGGAAAAUGCAGCUUUUGCAGAUGCAUGGGUUGGGUUGAAGGCCAAGCAUAGACAUCAGUUGUAUGAUAUUGAUCAAUACAAUGCACCUCAAGAUGGUUAUCAUGGCAACGACACUCGAGUGAUUUACAAGGAUGCGACAGAUCUAGACCAUUGGGAACUAGGGGAGAUCAUGGAUAAUUCAAUUACAGUGAUGAAUUUAGCUACAAUUAACAAAAACAACAGUUGGCGUAACCAUUUAUCGGCAUGGUCAAGUCAUUGGGAAUAUUUGUGCAACAUGCGAAAACUCUAUUCAGAUGAUUGUUUAAUUACUUGCAAACACAUCCUAUCACAACAGAAAGAGCAACGUCUUGAUUUGAUCCUGUCUGAAUACAUGCCCGCUAUUCGAAGUCUAUCGCAGUACGGUCAAGGCGUUGCUGGCAAGGGACGCAUGGUACGCACUAGGAAGAGAUUGCGCUACUUGCAGCUGACGGAUGAAUCAAGAGACGCACUUAAUUGGCAACACACUCUAGCUUAA